UCCAUCACAGCGGAGUGCGGUACUUUUCCAAUUGAUUUAACCAAGACACGGCUCCAGAUUCAAGGCCAGAAGAACGAUGCAAAGUUUAAAGAAAUCAGGUAUCGAGGAAUGUUGCAUGCAUUAGUGAGGACAGGCAGAGAGGAAGGCCUGAAAGGACUGUAUUCAGGGAUUGCUCCUGCAAUGUUGCUCCAGGCUUCCUAUGGCACCAUCAAGACAGGCGCCUACCAGAGCCUGAAGCGGUUAUUUGUCGAGCGCCUGGAAGAUGAAACCCUUCUGAUAAAUGUGGUCUGUGGAAUUCUCUCUGGAGUCAUAUCCUCAACCAUUGAUAAUCCAACUGAUGUUUUGAAAAUUCGGAUGCAAGCACAAAAUAGCACCCUUCAAGGAGGAAUGAUAGGCAACUUCAUUCACAUUUACCAGCAAGAGGGAACAACAGGACUUUGGGAGGGCGUGUCCCUUACUGCUCAGAGGGCCGCUAUUGUUGUUGGUGUGGAGCUGCCGGUCUACGACCUCACCAAGAAGCAUCUGAUUCUCUCGGGCUUGAUGGGAGACAAUGUGUAUACCCAUUUCCUCUCAAGCUUCACCUGUGGGCUGGCGGGGGCCCUGGCUUCAAACACUGUUGAUGUGGUGAGAACACGUAUGAUGAAUCAGAGAGUCCUUCGAGAUGGCAGAUGCCCUGGCUACACAGGUUCCCUGGAUUGUUUGUUAGAGACAUGGAAGAAUGAAGGGUUUUUUGCUCUAUAUAAAGGGUUUUGGCCAAAUUGGUCGAGACUUGGUCCCUGGAAUAUUAUUUUCUUUGUGACAUAUGAGCAGCUGAAGAAAUUGGAUUUGUGACAAGUCAAGACUGCAUGAGACAUCCCGCUGAAAAUGCUCACGUCUGAA